GGAGGUGAUCACAGUGCUGUGGGCGGGGCCUAUGCUCCCGGCUGUUCCCUUCCCAUACUGACUCCCUCGGGUGCUCGCCUGAGAGCGGAGGAGGCAGCGGGGCCGCCCGUGCUGUGCUGGAGAGUGACGGGGAUGCCGGGGCGCUGCCGCUCUGAUCGGAGAAGCCGGGGAGCGGAGGUAGUGGAGACGGUGGGGGAUCGACAGCCCGGAUCUGGAGUUCGAGUCCCUGCUCCCCUCUGGCCUCUCCCUCCUCAUCCGCCAUGUUAACCAGAAAACCCGGGGCGGCCGUGGCUGUACAUCCGGCCGGCAGAGGAAGCGAAGGUACUAGCCAGCUGCAGCCAUCUCCAGCCCUCCCCCGAUCCGCGGCUGGCACGGGGCCACCAUCGCCUGUAUCCCUGCCACCACUGAGAACCCACAACGCAGCGCACACGAUUGGAGGCAAUAAGCACACAAUGAAUGAGCAUCUGCACAUUAGCAGCCAUGGACAGAUCCAGGUGCAGCAGCUGUUUGAAGAUAACAGCAACAAAAGGACAGUACUGACAACACAACCAAACGGACUCGCUCAUGUUGGCAAGACUGGGCUACCUGUUGUUCCUGAAAGACAGUUAGAAAGCACAAACCGGAGGCAAGGAAGUUCCAGCUCUUUGAAAUCUGCUGAUGGGACAACCAAAGUGAAGUCUUCUUCGUUAACCCCGGAACAAGCAAUGAAGCAAUACAUGCAAAAACUAACAGCCUUUGAACACCAUGAAAUUUUCAAUUAUUCAGAGAUAUUCUUCUUGGGUCCAAACGCAAAGAAACGUCAAGGUGUAAUUGGUGGCCCCAAUAAUGGUGGUUAUGAUGAUGAUCAGGGCUCAUAUGUGCAAGUGCCACACGAUCACGUUGCAUACCGUUAUGAAGUUCUCAAGGUUAUUGGGAAAGGAAGCUUUGGUCAAGUUGUGAAGGCAUAUGAUCACAAGCUCCACCAGCAUGUGGCUUUAAAAAUGGUGAGGAAUGAGAAACGAUUUCAUCGUCAGGCGGCAGAAGAGAUUCGAAUCCUAGAACACCUGAAAAAGCAGGAUAAAGAUAACAACAUGAAUGUCAUCCACAUGCUGGAGAAUUUCACAUUCCGCAAUCAUAUCUGCAUGACAUUUGAGUUGCUAAGCAUGAACCUUUAUGAGCUGAUAAAGAAAAAUAAGUUUCAAGGCUUCAGUCUGCCUUUAGUUCGCAAGUUUGCGCACUCAAUCUUACAGUGCUUGGAUGCUUUGCACAAAAACAGAAUAAUCCACUGUGACCUUAAACCUGAAAAUAUUUUAUUGAAGCAACAGGGUAGAAGUGGUAUAAAAGUCAUAGACUUUGGAUCUAGCUGUUAUGAACAUCAGCGUGUUUACACUUAUAUCCAGUCUCGCUUUUACCGAGCUCCAGAGGUCAUUCUUGGUGGUCGGUAUGGUAUGCCUAUCGACAUGUGGAGCUUAGGCUGCAUUCUAGCAGAACUGUUGACUGGCUAUCCACUUUUACCCGGAGAAGAUGAAGGUGAUCAGUUGGGAUGUAUGAUCGAAUUGUUGGGAAUGCCACCCCAAAAACUACUUGAUGCUUCAAAACGCGGCAAAAAUUUUGUCAGCUCCAAAGGUUAUCCUCGAUAUUGCACUGUUACAACCCUGCCAGAUGGAUCUGUGGUACUGAAUGGUGGUCGCUCUCGAAGAGGAAAAUUACGAGGUCCUCCUGGGAGUAGGGACUGGGUAACUGCUUUGAAGGGCUGUGACGAUCCCUUGUUUCUUGAUUUCCUCUCGCAAUGUUUAGAGUGGGAUCCUGCUCUACGCAUGACGCCCAGCCAAGCUUUACGGCAUCACUGGCUACGACGGCGUUUGCCGAAGCCUCCAACAGGGGAAAAAACGCCAUCGAAAAGAAUAACAGAAAGCUCGGGUGCUAUAACAUCAAUCUCUAAGUUACCUCCUGCAUCAGGCUCAGCUGCAAAACUAAGAAAUAAUUUGGCCCAAAUGACUGAUGCCAAUGGAAAUAUUCAACAAAGGACCGUUUUGCCAAAGUUGGUUAGCUGAUUCAUAAACGUUUUUUUUUCUUUAAACACCUUGCUGAGCCUUAUGCAUACAGCUCAAAUUCAUAAUAUUUUUAAUUGCUCAGUUUAUAUCAAUACUUUUAUCUGUGCAGCCAUUGUAAUUUUUAGUAACGAUGCAAUUUUGUAUUUAAACAAUGGGGACGAUGCUUUAAGUUUUUGAUGUUAUUUUUUAAGCAUAUCAAUUACAAUUGGCUUUGUUUAGGAAGUGUCAAAUCAGUGGCUGGCCACUGUCUAUUGCUUGACUGUUAAACCUAAUUUAUUGGUGUCCGAAGGAUUAGCUACCAACCAUUCAUUUUGAAGUAAUCGCUCUGAGAAUCUGGCCCCACAAUAUUCUAAUUUAUUUGACAAAGUAGACUUGGACAAAGUGGAUGCAUCUGUAUGUUUGUUUGGUAUGAAGACAUCAUUUCCCAGUGUGCAUUUGAGAUACUUUGCAUAUCUUCAUACAGUUGAGUAAAGUGUUCUAGGCAUGUUAAUAAUGUAGAGGUAUGUGCGAGGAGUGAUAAAAAAAAAGUGAAGAGUAAUUGUUUGCCAGUAAACCACAUCAAACGGCCAGAAAUCCGCUUCCAGAGAG